ACAGACUUGGAGAGACGCUGUGCUCGCAUGAACUCGGAGAGAAACUGCAUCAAAAGUAUCAAUCUCAUCAUAACAGUAUCGAUCUGAUACCAGUAUUGAUACUAUCGAUACGCCCAGCCCUAGUGUGACCAGAAGAGAGCAGGAGGAGGAAACUGAAGGCUGAGGCACGACUGACUACAGAUCAGAAGAUGAGUGAUUUGGAGGAAGAGGAGGACGGAGCAGAGUCUGUAGUAUCUGGCUGUCAGUCUAUGAAGAGUGUCUGGUCCAAAGAGGAAACUCCAUGCCUCAGUACUGAACCUGGACCCUCAGACACAAAGAAAAGGAAAAGGAGUGAUGAUUCUGAGGAGGAGCAGCCGUCCAGAUCCAGAACCAGAGCUGGACCGCAGACAUCCAGUCAGACCAACACUGAACAAAUGAAUGUUGUUAAACAUAAGAUCAGAGUGAAGGGGACAUUUGAACGUGUGACUGAAGGAGCUGAUCAAACAGGAAGUAGAACCCUCCUCAACAGGAUCUUCACUGGGCUCUACAUCACAGAUGAACUGAGUGAAGAAGUUAAUACCCAACAUGAGGAGUGGCAGCUUGAGAUAUCUUCCAAGAUGGAGACCCUCCAUGACUCUCCAAUCAACUGCAGCGACAUCUUUAAAGCCUUACCUGACCAACAGAAACACAUCAGAGUCGUUAUGAUGAUCGGCGUCGCUGGCGUUGGAAAAACCUUCUCAGUGCAGAAGUUCUGUCUGGACUGGGCCGAGGGUUUGGAAAACCAAGAUGUGGAUCUGGUGAUUCCUCUUUCCUUCAGGGAGCUGAACUUGAUCAAAGAUGAGCAGUACAGUCUUCUGGAGCUGCUCCGUGUUUUCCAUCCAUCAUUACAGGAGGUCCCAGCAGAGCAGCUCGCUGGCUCUAAACUUCUCUUCAUCUUUGAUGGCCUGGAUGAAAGCAGACUUUACCUGGAUUUCAACAACAAUGAGGCUGUUUCUGAUGUCACACAGAAGUCAUCAGUCAACGGGCUGUUGACAAACCUCAUCCAGGGGAAGCUGCUUCCCUCGGCUCUCGUCUGGAUAACUUCCCGACCUGCAGUAGCCAAUCAGAUCCCUCCUGCGUGUGUUGACAGGGUAACAGAAGUACGAGGCUUCACUGACGACCAGAAGGAGGAGUACUUCAGGAAGAGAGUCAGUGAUGAAGAGCUGUCCAGUAGAAUCAUCUCCCACAUCAAGACCUCCAGGAGCCUCCACAUCAUGUGUCUGAUCCCAGUCUUCUGCUGGAUCACUGCUACAGUUCUGGACCACAUGUUGACUACAGACCAGAGAGGAGAGCUGCCCAAGACCCUGACUGACAUGUACUCACACUUCCUGCUGGUUCAGACAACGAGGAAGAAGCACAAGUAUGCUGAGGGACAUGAGACGAGUCCACAGGAGCUGACGGAGGCUGACAGGGAAGUUCUUCUGAAGCUGGGGAGGCUGGCGUUUGAAGAGCUGGAGAAAGGAAACAUCAUGUUCUACCAAGAAGACCUGGAGCGCUGUGGUCUGGAUGUCAAGGAGGCCUCGCUGUACUCAGGAGUUUGUUCACAGAUCUUCAAAAGAGAGAGUGUGAUCUUCAAGAAAACAGUCUACUGCUUCGUUCAUCUGAGUGUUCAGGAGUUUCUGGCUGCAGUCUACCUGUUCCACUGUUACACCAACAGAAACACACAGGUACUCAAUGACUUCCUGGGGAAAGGCUAUGUUGAUUCAUCUCUGGAUGUCUUCCUGGAGAAAACCAUGGAGAAAUCCCUUAGGAGUAAAAAUGGCCACCUGGACCUGUUAGUCCGCUUCCUUCAUGGCCUCUCUCUGGAGUCCAACCAGAGACUCUUAGGAGGCCUGCUGGGUCAGACAGACAACAGUCCAGAAAUCAUCCAGAGAGCCAUCAACAACCUGAAGGAGAUGAACAGUAAAAAGAUCUCUCCUGACAGGAGCAUCAACAUCUUCCACUGUCUGACGGAGAUGAAUGACAACGCAGUCCAUCAGGAGAUCCAAGAGUUUCUGGAAUCAGAGAACAGAUCAAAGUACCUCUCUGUGAUCCACUGCUCAGCUCUGGCCUACAUGCUGCAGAUGUCAGAGGAGGUUCUGGAUGAGUUGGACCUGGACAACUAUAACACAUGUCUGGAAGGACAACUGAGACUGCUUCCAGCUGUGAGGAACUGCAGAAAGGCUCGUCUUUCUUACUGUGGACUCUCAGAGACUCACUGUGAAGUUGUGGCCUCAGCUCUGAAGUCCAACCCUUCCCAUCUGAGAGAGCUUGACCUGAGUGACAACAAACUGCAGGAUUCAGCAGUAAAGCUUCUGUCUGCUGGACUGCAGAGUCCACAAUGUAGACUGGAUACUCUGAGAUUGAAAAGCUGCAGUUUGUCAGAGAUUAGCUGUGCUUCUCUGGACUCAGCUCUGAAGUCCAAUCCCUCCCAUCUGAGAGAGCUGCACCUGAGAGACAACGAGCUGAAGGAUUCAGGAGUGAAGCUGCUGUGUGGUUUUCUGGAGAAUCCAAACUGUAGACUGGAGACUCUGAGAUUGGAGAACUGCAGUUUGUCAGAGAUCAGCUGUGCUUCUCUGGUCUCAGCUCUGAAGUCCAACCCCUCCCAUCUGAGAGAGCUGGUGCUGAGUGAAAAUGAACUGAAGGAUUCAGGAGUGAAGCUGCUCUGUGGUUUUCUGGAAAGUCCAAACUGUAGACUGGAAUCUCUGGAAUUGGAAAGAUGCAGUUUGUCAGAGAUCAGCUGUGCUUCUCUGGUCUCAUCUCUGAAGUCCAACCCCUCCCAUCUGAGACAGUUGGACCUGAGUGACAACAACCUGAAGGAUUCAGGAGUGAAGCUGCUGUGUGGUUUUCAGGAAAGUCCAAACUGUAGACUGGAGACUCUGAGAUUGGUGUGCUGCAGUUUGUCAGAGAUCAGCUGUGCUCCUCUGGCCUCAGCUCUGAUGUCUAACCCCUCCCAUCUGAGAGAGCUGGAGCUGAGUGGAAACAACCUGAAGGAUUCAGGAGUGGAGCUGCUGUGUGGUUUUCUGGAGAUUCUGAACUGUGGACUGGAGACUCUGAGAUUGAGGAGCUGCGGUUUGUCAGAGAUCAGCUGUGCUUCUCUGGUCUCAGCUCUGAAGUCCAACCCCUCCCAUCUGAGAGUGCUGGACUUGAGAUACAACAAGCUGAAGGAGUCAGACGUGAAGCAGCUGUCUGAUCUGAAGGAGAGUCCAGACUGUAGACUGGAGACUCUGAGGUUGGAUGACAGAGUACACAGGGCUGCACCUGACCGACAUGAAGGACAUCCGUCCACAUCGAAGACAAACCUCGAUGUGUCUGAGGACAGAAGAGAGGAUCAGCUGAGUCCUGAUGAUCCAGAGAAGUUGAAGCAGCAGCAGCUUGUGGGUGGAGAGGCUUCCAAUACAAAUGACACCGUGAGUUUCACACCUGAGCUGCUGACUGAGUCUGGAAAGACUUCAUACAGGUUCAGGUGUCCUGGUCCAGGUGUGUUCCAGUGUGCUUUGACUGGACUGGUGUUUGUUACGACUCAGGAGGCGGAGCUGCUGUACAACACUGUCCAAUGGGACGAGAGCCUCCUCCAAUCAGCUGGCAGGAUGGCUGCAGGGCCGCUGUAUAACAUCAAGUGUUCAGAGGAGGCUGCUGUCUGUCAGCUCCACUUUCCACACUGUGAAAUCAUAGAUGCUCCUCUACCUGAUGGCCUGUUGUCUGUCGGUCACAUCACUGAUGAUGGGAUGAGCAUCCUGGAGCCGCUGGAGAUAACUGACACUCACGUGGUUGUAAAUGUCGCUCACCUCUCUGUCCUCGGCCUGAUCUGGGAUGUCGUUACAAGGUUGUGGACGAAAUCUGUCAGCGGUCAAGUUCUGCUGUUCCUCGGAGAACCAAACCAAGCAUUACAGAGGCAAAACCUCAACGUGCUUCUCCUGCCAAGAAACAUUCCUCUGAACGAGGUGAGCGAACAGCAUCAACAAUCUAGAAACAUCCAGGUUCCUGCAACAUGUAAACUCAUCAAAGAUCAAAGUUACACCGUCCAAUGUCCUCAGGCCGUUAAAAUACAGCCGGACAAAGCAGAUUUUGAGCUGGAGUUUGGACCAAACUACCACCCAACCUUUGAGAUCCGCCUGCCUAUAAACACACCAGAAGUGACUUUAAGAGUCCAAGUCGAAGAACACAGCGUCUGGCAGCAUGAAGUGGAACUGAUUGCUCCAAAACCCCAAACCCCAGCACCAGGAGAGGACCGAGACCCAGCAGAGGACAGGGACCGGGCAGAGGUAGGAAGGACAGCAGAGGUGUUGUUGAACACUCUGGAGGAUCUCGGAGCAGAGGACUUUGAGACAUUCAAGUGGUUCCUGAUGAACAGUGGUGAACACGUGAAAAACAGACCCAUCCCACGGGGCAGGCUGGAGAAUGCAACACUGUUGAACACCGUUGAUCUGAUGAUCCAGACCUUCUCAGUGACUGGAGCUGUGGAGGUGACCAAACUGGUCUUAAAGAAGAUCAACAGGAAUGAUCUGGAGGAGAGAUUGGCAGCCAGCAGCUGAUAAACAUCAGGUUGAAGAGGGCAUAUCAGAGGACAUCGGCCCAGAAGAGGACAGUUUACCAGCUGAGGAGAAGCUGUUGCGAGUUCAGAAAGUUAAGGUUUCUGUCUUCCACGUUGUUACGUUGCACACAGGUGAUGACUUCAUCACGUUACGGGACGUCCGGUCCAGAACGCGUGAAACCAUUUCUGUUGCAGAUGAAACUACCAAAAACACCUUUACAGUCUUAAAAAUCUUCUUAAAAACACAACAAUUUACAGAAAUAUGUAAUUCAUGUUUGUACAUUUAGAAAUCUGUGUGUG